UUCCCACCAGCUCUUGGACACUUCCAGGACUUUAAUCUCAUGGAUAUUGUGGCUACACAAAAUAACAAGCCUCGCUCUACCUGAAUUUCAAAUUAUUUUUCCCUUUUGUGUCAUUUAUGUGCUAUAAAAUUAUUGGAUUCCUUGUUAAAAUUACAAUUUUUCCCAGGAAAAUGAAGGGAUGGCACAGGGAUAACGUCCACCUUUGUUCUGUGAAAUCAUUAUGUUCAUCCUUGUUAAAAAUCAUUCUUUUUUCCACCAAACAAAUGCGCUACGAAACCGUUGCACGCGAAAUGCCACGAAAUCAUUGGAUUCCCAAUUAAAAUUUCCAGGAAAAUGAAGGAACAGGGAAUAACGCCCGUCUUUUUUCUGUCUCGUAGCCGUUGGUGGCGACGGGGAGGAUCCGCCCUCUCCAUGGCAUUUGCGCCUCCCAAAAAUUCGGAUGGCUCCAAGCUCCAGCUGAGCACGUGGACACCCCUGAACCAUCAGCUCAUGAACGACAAGCCUCCAGUUUCACCCCAGAGGAAACCGAGUGUAUUUGAAGAAAGAAGAGCCCUGCUUGGGAAAUGGUUUGACAAGUGGACAGAUGGCCAGAGGAGGAGGAUCCUGGUGGACCUGCUGGAACGCUGCUCCCUGUCCCAGCAGAAAUUCUGUGCCAAGCAGCUCGAGGCCCGAGUCCCCACCGAGGCCGUCGAUUUUACCACCAGGCUCCCUCGAGUCCUGUCCUUGUACAUCUUUUCCUUCCUGGACCCACGGAGCCUCUGCCGAUGUGCACAGGUGAGCUGGCACUGGAAGUACCUGUCGGAGCUGGAUCAGCUGUGGAUGCUGAAGUGCCUGCGUUUCGGGUGGUUCAUCAACUUCUGCCCCACGCCCUUCGAGCAGGGCGUCUGGAAAAAACACUACAUCGAGAUGGUGAGGGAGCUGCGCGUCUCCAGGCCCAAGACACCUUCCAAGGACGAGUUCAUCGUUAUCGAUGUGCAACCGGUAAAAAGCAGCAUCCCAGAGAGGAAACUUUCCGUGGCAGGACAGGGGACAGCCAGGGGGAAAAAAGCUCUCCCUCCUUGGCGCUCAUCCGACAGGAACCCCACGGACACCAUCCGCUACAACUACCUGGACAACUACGACCCCAUCGAGCAGGCCAGGCAGGCCAGGAGGAAGGGAGGAGGGCACACCCCGGACCUGAGCCGGCAGGCGGCUGAGAGGAAGAGGAGAGGAGGUCGUGGAUCCGCUCAGCUCCGGAAGGUGAAAUCCCUGGCAAGUGUCACCAGCGUGUGAUUCCAGCACCUGGGGCGGUGUCAGGCACCCCCAGGGAUGUUUGAGCUCCGAGUUUUUCCCUCAGGUUAGGGUUAGUGGAGGAUAACUGCCCAGUUAUCCUCCUGCCCAGGGAGGACACCUGGGCAGGAGGAGGACGCAAAGCCCCCCGUGGCAUCCCAGACAUCGCUGAGAGUGGGAAAGGGACAGUACUGUCAGUGCAGAGAGUGACCCUGUUAUUUAUCUGCUCCUCCCUCUCCUUGCUAUCCCAAAAACCCCUUUCCAUCCUUUUUAUAAAGUGCUGCCACACUUCUUUUAUGACUUUUAUCCCCAAAUUCCACAGCUCUGGGUGGCCGCGGUUUGAUGUCCGCUCAUUCUCCGUGCCCUGAGCCCCAGCGAAACAGCCCCAAAUCUUAACACUGAGGGCUCUUUGUGCUCAGGGCUGCUAAAAUGGAGCAUCCUCCCAUGAAAGGAGCCCAGGGAAGUCAUUCCAGAACGCUCCAUGGGUUUUGUGGCUCUGGAGACAAAUAACCGCCGGGAGCAGGCCGUGCCGACGAGCGUGUCGGGGUUCUGGGAGCGGCCCUGGUGUUCCCUGAGCCACGGCAGGCGGGCUGAAAAAGGGUUACAAAAAAAGAGAGGCAUUGUCUCCCAGAUGGGGAGGCAUCCUCCUGACCCAAAUACAGCCUCGCGUGCGAGGAAAUUGAUUCUGGCACUGUUGGAGGGCAGAAAAUAUCGUUAUUUAAUAUCAUUAUUCAGCCUCUGGCUUACAGUUUGCACUCUCUGGGGAUCGGCGUCCUCACGAGGGUUCAGCCCGCCACCACUUCCCAAUUUCGAGUUGUUUCAUUGCCAGGCCAGAAGUGAAGUUUUUAAUCUCAGCUCAGAGUGAAAAAUAAGUGAAUUUGGUUUUCUUUCCCUGGGUUUUAGGAAAGUUGUAUGAAUUCUGAAGUUAAUUAGCCCGCAACCCCAAUCAGCGUUUAAGUGAUAAAAAAAUGGGAGACUCACGGAAUUGUUGAAGUUGGAAAAGAUCUUGAAGAUCAUCAGGUCCAACCAUUCCCAGCACUGCCAAGGCCAGCACCGAUCCACGUCCCCAAGUGUCACUUACACAGGGAUUUUUAGUCUCUCCAGGGAUGGGGACUCCAUUUUGCCAGCCAUAAAUGAGCAUAGCUCUAAAAACAAUAAAACCGAGGUUAAACCAGGCUGAUACCUAAGAAAAAAAUUUUAAAAAAAUAAAAAUAUAAUUAAUUCUCUAGGAAUAACCCGAAAUUAAUUUCCAUUCCUUAUUAAAGGUAGCAUUUGGAAACCUGGUUGAAAUGAAAGACCUUUGAAAAGGCUCCUAUUUAAUCAAGUCUAAAUAAAGAGGUUUAAUGUGCAAAUCUUUCAGCAAAUCCUUACAAGAGGAAUAGCCCGGGAUGAAAGAAUAAAAGCCCAAGGCGAGCAAACACCGAGUCAAAUUAAAACAAAACCCUCAAACAGAUCAAUGGUCCAAGUGCAGAGUGUAGGUGAGAAUAAAGAAUAUUACAGCCAACAAUGAAGAUGUUAAAAAGGGGUUAUUAGAUGGAGCUCCCAGCUCAGCCAAAUUAAGAAUAAACACCUAAUUAAGGGGGCAUCCACUGGCUCCGUGGUGAACGAGAAAACCUGGGAGGGUUUGGAGUUUGUUGCUAAUCAUGGAAAGCAGAAAAUGUGACCAGGCUCGCUCUUCGUUUGGAAUAAAUUAAAGUCAAUUGGCCCAAUUAGAAUAAAUAGUAAAUUAGAGUGAAUGAAGUUAAUUAGGUUUUGAAUGGAGGGCCACAUUCUGCCACGUGGAACCCCCAUGUCUGUGCAGGGGGCAGGGAAUUCCUUCCCUCUCUUUUUUCCAGGGAAAGGCUUCAAGGACACUCCAAGGAUGCCUCUCUGACCAGGAGCUGUGAUUUCUGAGCCCAGCGCCCUUCCCAUGAGUCCUUCCCACCAAAUUCCCAAAUAUUUUUACGGGGAAGGUAAAACUGGGUGGGUCAACAUCAGCAAGGAGGGGCUGGGUCUGCCUUUGUCUGCUCCAGACACUGCCCCACCCUCACAGCUGCUCCCAAAUUAUUUUUAGUCCUCUAAAAAUUAUUUUUAGUCCUUAAAUAACAUCUUGUUGACAGGAUCAGUCGUCCCCUGCCCCUAAGGUAAUGAGAUUGCAGGAUCUGAAGGCAGGAGUGCAUUUUUUUCCACAGCAUUUUGGCAGGGAAUUGAUUUUCUGAGUCAAAAUCCCAUUUCCAGGGGGUGGGAAUAGCCGACAGGAAAAUCCAGAAUUCCCAGCACAUGGUCCUGUGCAACGUAUAUUUAUAUUCUACAAACAUUACUUGGAAUUUUCUUUAUUAGAUGUGAUAAUGUUUGUUCUCUAUUCUUAACAAAAAAUUCAGAUCAGUCAAAAAAAAAACCCCAAAAAUUCCAAGCUGUUCUUUUCCAGAAUUUUUAUUUUUAUUUUAUUUUUUGGCAUCUUUAUCAAGGAAUAAACUGGGUUGUUAAGAAUUUUGUUUUUGCUUAAUUUUUGUAAAAUAAAAGUUAAAAUAAACUUCAACCUUUACAGUUUUGAGUCUUCAAACACUGAGCAAGACAGGGGACAUGCACAGGGGAGAAUUUGGACACUAAUUUUAUUUG